AAAGCGGGAGGUUAGGUUUCGCUUUCUUUUUUUCUCCACCUGCAAAUGGUUCAAUCAUCACAUGUUCUCGGAUAAGGAGGUGUGUUCGCCUUCCCACAGUUCAUUCUUAACCUAUAUAGGGGUGAUAUAGACGUAAACUACUGAGUAUACAUAUAAAAAACUCUGCAUGUGUCUCCCUUUAAUGGCUACCCGACAUUAACAUUACUGACUCAAACGAGAUCGUCGCCGGAGUCUAGCUCAUUAUGGCCAAAACCUGCCCAUUGGACCAAAGCUGAAAAAAUACGUUGUCUUGUUUCAGGCUCCCCAAAGGUUGGGACAGCGCUUGCAAUUGCAGGAAAGUGUUUGAUGGGAGCUGAGUUUACAUUGAUAUAUCUAUUCACAACCGAGUUGUUUCCAACAGUGAUAAGAAACAUAUCUUUGGGUAUGGGAUCGACUACAGCCCGUAUUGGUGCCAUAGUUGCGCCUUUCUUUGUUAUGAUGGCUCAGCUUCCUAACAUCUCCCUCAUUGUUCCGUUGUGUUUAUUCGGAGGUCUUGCGAUGGCUGCAGCGCUCCUGUCUUUAAUGUUACCAGAGACAUUGUUCAAAAACAUGGAGCAGACAGUCGAAGAAGCAGAAAAAGUCGAGCUUGACUACAACAUUCCUUGUUGUGGAAAAAAACACGCAAAAUAUAUUAUGAAUGAAGAGGAAGGGAACCGUGGACAAAAAACAACUGAAAUGUAGGCAAAUUGACACUGGAACUCAUUGGAAAAAAACAUCAAAAUAAUAAAAUGCUUUGAGAAGCCGGACCAUAGGCCAACUAUUGCUUUAGAGGCUUAAAAGAACGAAUGUGCGCACGCUUUCGAAAUGUAUAUCGGCGCACGCUCUUAGCAAAA